AUGUCACAGCUCACUCUACUCAACGCUGAUGAGUUGGUGAUGCCUUCUCCGACAGAACCGCACGCCGAUACUCUCGCGCCAUCGCCUCCCCCUAUCCGCGGUCCCUCGUCCUUCUCCGAGCUCCGCACAUUCGACGACCGUCUCUCGCUCCCACUGUAUUUCCGCAUCCCACUGGCUUGUACUAUCGGCUCAGUCUCCGGGCUCCUCCUCGGUCUCGCAAAAGGCUCCAACGAUGCAGGCUAUCGCUUUCAAGCUGAGAAUGCCCAUCGUCUGCCCACCACCUCCACUGGUUGGUAUUUCUACCACAAAUCGAAGAACUAUAACAUGAUGCUCGGGGGAGUGAAGGAGGGCACCAAACAGGCCGCGAGAUAUACCCUAUGGGUAGGCAUGUUCUUCAUCCUAGAAGAAGGUGUGGACAGGGGUCGAGCGGCGGGCUGGAGGCUCUGGGGUAGAGUCAAGGGUGGAGAAUACAAGAGAGGAAGCAGUCUGGAGCAGGCGCUAGCAGAGGAUCAAGAGGAGGCCAUCGAUGAGAAGCAAGUCUUGAUGAACAGAGACUGCAUAUCUUCCAUGCUGGCUGGUCUGGGAACUGCCGGGAUCUUCAGUGCUUGGAACCGGUUUCCUCUGCCAACUGCUGCGAGAACUGCGAAGAUGGGCGCACGGGCUGGUCUUGUCUUUGGAUUGCUGCAGGACGCCGUGAGUCUGGUGAAGGGAAGACGUGUGGGCUAUGUGGAGUUCGUAAAGAGGCAUACGCUCGGCUCGAAGGGUGAAGAUGACUUGCAUCUGGCUGGACAGGAAACAUCACACGCACCAAAAACCUGA